UUGAGUGCAACGGUUUGACUCGGGAUCGCUUCAGUUGCAUCGAAACUUUCAAGCCGCUCGGAUCUGCCAUGAGCUACUACUAUUCGUCGGCCUCCGAGGAGGACGGCAGUUCCCAAUAUUUGGGUAGUCCCAACUACAACUUAAGCCAGCUGCCCGUUUCUUCACAGGAUUACGGGCAGACGGCAUUCCUAUCCCCGGAGUGGCAGUUCCUGGAUGCCACUGCCGGAACACAACCAGAACUCGCUCCUAUUUUGGAAAACGUGUGCCAUCCCGCUGAGAAGCAGACGAAAAGACGCAGCAACACCUCCAUGGGAUCGGACGGAAGGAAGAGCAGCCCAGAUCAAACCAAUCUCAGUCCAACGGUCCAGAAGCGAAGACGUCAGGCGGCAAAUGCUCGGGAAAGGAAGCGCAUGAAUGGCCUAAACGAGGCCUUCGAUCGUCUGAGGGAAGUCGUUCCCGCUCCCUCCAUCGACCAAAAGUUGUCCAAGUUCGAGACCCUCCAGAUGGCCCAGUCCUAUAUCCUUGCCUUGUGCGAUCUUCUGAACAACGGCGAUGUGGAGGUGGAUGCAGCCGCGUAUACAAUCUUCGGCGACAGCGAAAGCAACUUCGGGAUUGGAGGAGGAUCCUUAUCAUAGAUGAAUACUGGAAAUUACUCUCUGUUACGAUUAAGCUAUGUGAUUUCUUCUUACUUUAGAAUAAGCUAAACAAAAAA